AUGCAACGCUCAAUUACGAAAAAACACUUAUCGCAGAAGGAUGCCCAGAUAAGGAGAACUGUGGUUCAAAAGUUGCAUCAACUUGAAUGCAACGGGUUCGACAUCUGGUCGUAUAUGAAAAAGGGCAAUAAUAUCUUCGUUUACCACUCGGCAAAUCGAGUAGGGCCCCCACUGUCCACUGAUUUGAUUGAGGAAAAGCAGACGACUCUGGGAUGCAAUGCGAACAGUUUCGAAGCCUCCGAAAAGAAUGAUACUAGCGAAAUGUUUCAGAACAAGACCGAGGACUCGGUGACGGGAAAUGCUAACAACAGUUUGCCUAGUUUACGAUGUGCAUCCUCCACCAUGAAAGAUUGCAUUCCGGUGAGUUUAAUUCACGAAAUAGGAACCGCGACUUGA